AUGAUAAACUCAUUGUUGGGAAUUGUAGUUGUAUCCAUAGUGGGAUUUACUAUAACAUUUGCUUACAAUGAUAAGGUAAUAGAUUCAACAGAAGUAAUAGCAUCAUGUGAUUUUCCAGCAAUUUACAACUUUGGAGACUCUAAUUCAGAUACGGGUGGAAUCGCAGCUGCAUUUUAUCCCAUGGCAGCACCCUGCGGAGAGUCCUACUUCCAUAGACCUGCUGGAAGGGGCUCGGAUGGCCGCCUUAUUAUUGACUUCAUUGCUGAGCAGCUUGGAGUACCGCAGUUGAGUCCAUAUCUGGAUACAUUAGGAACAAGUUAUAGACAUGGUGCAAACUUUGCAACAGGAGGAGCAACAAUUAGAAGAAUAAAUGAAUCAUGGUUUGCGAAUGGUGUUAGCCCAUUUCCUCUUGAUAUUCAAGUUGAACACUACACUCAAUUUAAAGAACGAACUACCUACUUCUACAAUCAAGGGAAAGAAGAAUCAGAUAAAAGCAGGCUUGCCAUACCUGUGGAGUUCUCCAAGGCACUAUACACAAUAGAUAUAGGACAGAAUGAUAUUUCUGCUGCUUUUCGAAUGUUGCCAAACAUGGAACAAGUUCGAGCAAUUAUACCGGAUAUAAUUAACCAGUUUGCAGCACAACUUCGAGAAUUAUACAAGAAAGGGGCAAGGAAUUUGUGGAUUCAUAAUACAGGUCCAAUUGGUUGCUUGCCUGUGGCCACAGUCAAAAUAAAAGAUCCAGCAGCAGGGUACCUGGAUGAACAUGGAUGCGUCAAGGAUAUGAAUGAUAUAGCCAUAGCGUUCAACAAACACCUCUUCGAUAUGUUGACCAAACUCAGGAUAGAGCUUCAACAAGCUGCAAUAACUUACGUUGAUUUGUACAAGGCUAAGUAUGAGUUAAUCAGCAAUGCAAAGAACCAAGGAUUCGAGGAGGCAUCGAAGAUUUGCUGCGGGUAUCACGAAAAUGGAGAGGAUGUUUGGUGUGGGAAUAAAAAAAGAUUAAAUAAUGGAACAGAAAUAUAUGCAGGAUCUUGCAACAACCCUUCCACUGUUAUCAGCUGGGAUGGUGUCCAUUAUACUCAAGCUGCUAACCAUUGGAUUGCUAAUUACAUUCUCAAUGCCUCAAUUUCCAACCCUACCCUACCCAUAGCUAAAGCAUGUAGUCCUCUCCAUUAA